AACAUCUUAUUAAUUUUAUAAACUUUGUUUAUAACGAUCGUGAUAGAAUUGUACGACGUUUUAAAUCUCGAUUUGUUACAAUGUUAAUCUCAAGAGGUUUAAAUCUUUUGAAGCACACGUCGAAACAUGUGAAAAGGAAAAAUAUUGUAAUGAAUAAUCAACCUGUUCGAUUUUCAUCACAUGGAGAAUGGUCUUAUAGAGAAAUAACCAAAGAACCAAAUAAACAUUAUAUAUUAGGAGCUGAAGUUCUUGGCGGCAUUGCAUGGUGGUGGUUUUUAUAUAGAAUGUGGCACGAUUAUCAACAUCUUAUUGGACAUUUUGAAUAUCCAAAUCCAUCAAAAUGGACAGAUGAAGAAUUAGGAAUACCACCAGACGAUUAUGAUUGAUCAACAGUAUAUUUCUGUAGAUAAUUUAUGUUUUCUAUUCUGUCAAUAAAUCUGAGUAACAAGGUAAACCUUUGCCUAGGAUUCUAAAAUAGUAGGUACACUACUAUAAAAAUAAAGUGGAAUUAUUUGUAGUACAAUUGUAUAGUAAAUUAAUAAACUUGUACUACUUAUAAAA